AUGAGCAGGGCGGUCGGUAACUUUGGGAAGCAGAUUGCCACCCAGUUACGCAACGCCGGCACGCCCGGCCCGAAGCGCCCUACGACUGUGUUCUUGACGCAUGUGAAAUGGGUGACCGGGAAAGAUCAGCUCACCAAGUACUUCAGCAAAUACGGGCAAAUCGACAAGGUGACGAUGUUCUUCGAUCCGGAAACGGGCUUGCAUCGUGGCUUCGCGUCUAUCACAUUUUGGGAGCCUUCCAGCGCUGCUGCGGCCAUCCAGCAGCGCCCACAUUUUGUCGAUGGAGAUCGGGUCGAUGUGGAACUCUUCGUCCCGUUGAAAUCGAAAAAGAAGAGCCUGGAAUUUGCUGUC